GUGAUGACGUCAGCUGUCAUAAGUGUCAAAAUAAAGUAGGUGUUUUACUGUAGUGUUUUACUUUGUGAUAGAACACGCAAAACAUGUAAAUAAUUAAGCAACACAAAAUGGUACUACUAAGCCUUCUAUACGUUCUUAUAAACUUUUUAAUAAUAAGUGUAAAAUGUAGUGAUAUCACUCACCUAGCAUUCGGUGGUUUCACGGAUGGCAUGCCAGCAGCAUUUGGCGAUUUCAAUUCGGAUGAACUCACCGACGUGUUUGUUUUGUUGGAUGGUGGAAAAACCGUAGAAAUCCUGCUUGCCCAUGAAGAAGAACCAUUGCUUCGUCCUGCAAAACCAGACCGAUUGAGAUGUACGUUUAGCAACUCCUUAAUAACUAGUGUUGUGCCUGGUGAUUUUGACGGCGAUGCUUUGAUGGAUGUUAUGGUCACAACUGUCUAUAAAAGAACGGAAGCCGACAAUGAGCAUGAAAGAUCUUUAACUAAUGUUCAUAUUAUUUGGGGUGGUGCAAAUUAUUUGAACUGCAGCGAAGACGCAAAGCCUCUUAUUAGAAUGAUCGGACAACCUUUAGCAAUUGACUACAAUCAGGACAUGAUAAUUGACCUAUUUGGGCAAGACGAGGAAAAGAAAAGGAUGUUCUGGGUCUUUGAAAGGUACAGAGGAGUACCGAAGAAAAUUGCAAUGGAGGACAAUAGGAGACCCAUGGCAGAACUUAAGACACCACAUGCACAUGCAUUUUUGGAUCUGAAUGAUGAUUUUAUGCCAGAUUUGUUCUUAACUACCAGUGACAAUUUUGAAAUAUGGUACGGAAAUGAAGGAGGCGGCAAGUUUGUCCACAACUCUACUACUCCUCUUCCAGAAAGCACGAAUAAUCAAAAAGCUGCUGUUAUCGGCCAGUCCUUAUUCAUAGAUGUUGAACUCAAAGGAAGAAUGGACCUCGUUACUCCAGUCUGCUUUGAAGGUACCGAAGAAAACUGCAAAAGUAGCGCUCUCAUGGUGCAUUCCGAAACAGGAUGGUUAAACUUGCAAGUAAACUUCAAGGAUGACAAUUCGAACAAUUGGAAUUUUUACAUGUCAAAAGGCAGCAGAUAUACAAACGUUAUAACUCUUCGCAGUGGUGAUUUUAAUAUGGAUGGGUAUCCAGACAUACUGGCAACUUUAGCACAAGAUGGUUACGAUCACCCUCAAACAUUCCUUUUAGAAAAUGUUGCUUGCCAGUCUGGUUGUGGCAAAUUUACACGUUCAUACGCCGUAAAAUGGAACGCUUUAAGUCCUUUCAGAAACGGCACGGCAAUGGCUGCUUUCUUCGACUUCUACCAAGACGGUAUCUUAGAUUGCAUUCUAGUAACCUACAACGGCAAGGAAUACAAAACCGCUGCUUUCAAAAAUAGUUUGGACUAUGACGCCAACUUCGUGAAGGUGAUGGUGUUAACAGGGUUAACAAACAAGAACAAUGCAAUGAUUAUGGGUCGGGUUGGAAAAAAAAGAAGAACUUAUGGAACAAAUUUGCCUGGUCCUUCUAUAUCCUACAAAACCACAACACAAGAAGGGAAAAUAAGACAUGGGGUAUCUGCACAACUGCCUCAAUCUGCCCACUUCAGCCUCAAUCUUCCUUACACUAUUUUUGGCUUGGGACGCACACCAAAUUUUGUCGAUCAAUUAACAGUAGGACUUUCCAACCACUCUCGGACUUGGACGCAAAUUAUACCAAAUUCACAGAUGGUUGUAAUUCCGUGGCCACCAGAUCAGCCGUUCAGGUGGAAGGCGCAAUUGUUUGUGACACCAAGCAAAUUAAUUUUGAUGUCUGUAGCUGCACUGACUGUGGUGUGUGGGCUGAUAACUGUGAUUAUUGGAGUAUUACAUUGGAAGGAGCGACAAGAAGAUAAGAAAGAACGUUUAUCAGAGUCUCACCGUUUCCACUUUGAUGCGAUGUAAAUUAUUAAUAGUUUUAAGUGUAUUCCUAAUUUAUUAAUAAAUAAAAGUAUGUUUAGGAUAA